AUGUAUGGUGAGAUAGGAACACACACGAGUCGGCAGCAAACGCGACCGCAAUCAAGCCCACAACAGACGCAGUUACCAGAAACUUCCUUAGAUAGUAGUAAUAUUAGUGAAAGUAGAUGCACCGGCUUGAACAAAGCCAAUUCACCUGGUAAUGUGGGGUCCGCCUCAUCUGGUGUUCCCGCUGUCGUUAGCGCACGAUCUGCGGAUGUCGAUAUGACGUCUAAUGCGGCUGGGAUACCUAUCUGUGGUGCACCUGUUCUCGGUGCUGUAUCUCUACGUUAUCUAUCGUGGUAUAGUGCGAUGAUUAUAUCCCAAAUUUUCACCAGAGAACAGUGGAAUGCCCAGAAACGAGCGCUAUCCCAACAAGAGCGCGUGAACAUCAGUUCCACCCGCCUUGAUGCUUACCCUGCCGCCUUCGGACAGAGCGUUUCGAAGACCCACGAGGUUUUCACGAGGAAACAACAACCAACCUUGCUUCUAUCACCUCAACCAUCUUUUGUGCGCCCCGCCGAGAUCUCGAUUGCUAUUAACACGACUGAGUGCACGUCUAUGAUUAACACCUUUGAGGAGUAUUUUUUCCCCCAUCAUCUCUUUCGGAAUUCCGUCGUCGACCCUGACGGGAUGUAUGCCAGCGCUUCUGGGGUAGUGCCCACACAAUAUGAGGCGCCCAUGCCAACUUCGACGCGGUUAUGCACGGAGAAUGAGCUGCGUGAAGUCUUCCAGGGGUUCUUGAAAUUAGGUCAGCAGUGCACCCGUGAGGCAUUCAGUCCGCCUUCGGUGGAUUGCCCAACAAAUGAAGACAGCCCAAAUGAUAGGCCUAAGGAGGGAAGGGGGGGGAGGGCCGCCGUGGUAGAUUGCCCAGACCAAACGGUGGAGCAAAAAGCAAGCAGCGCGUGUCGAGCGAUGCGGCAGUUUAUUUUUAGCCUUGCGUUUAACUGCCCUUGCACACCGUUGAAAUAUGCCGCGAAGUUUCUCCUCGCCGAUGCUUUGGCAAACACCAGUGAUUAUUACACGCAGCGUGGGAUUUUUUUUCGCAACUUUCGCGCCUCCACAGCACCAGCUCAUAUGUUGGAGGUGAUUUGUUUUUUAUCGAGACUUCCCGUUUUGCCGACGUCCUUUUCAAACGCCACACCACCGCGUCGCGCUGGCGCUGGUCUCCAAUCCCACCCCUCUUCAAAACUGCCGAGCCUUGAAAGCGCCACGGGGAGUGAUUUACGUGUGAGGGAAGACCCUAUUCAGGCGGACGAGACAGGGGAUAACCCUCAAUCCGAAGUUUUUGUCUGGGAGUAUCAUCCUUUACAGUUUCGCUCCAGCGACAAGGUUAUUUGGUUUGAUGCCCAACUCCACACCCAGAGACUCGAUGAAUGGCUUCGUGAGAAUCGCCUGGGGGCCCAACCCGAUGGAUCAUCGUACUUUGUGUGCGCUCAAACCCCGUGUGCGAUGGCCCUUCCCACAAUCGAGCGUGUGAUUAUGAAGGACAAUGGCGAUACUGAGGAAAAGGAACUUUUGGAACGUGUUUUGCGUCGAGCCGUGAGGGAGAUAACUCCCUGCGGUGGGAGUGAUAUACGCGCUAGUAGUAUGCGGACGUCCAGACGGAGACGGCAGGGCGGAGGCGGUAUUGGAGGCUUGGAUACGGCAAGUCCAAAGAACGGUGAGGGUGUAGGUGGUUCCAAGGAAAUAACACUUUCCGAACCGAGUAGAACCUGCCGUGAGCCCCUUAUCGACCCUGGGGGUGGCAAUAACAAAGAGUUUCAGAAUAUAGCCCGACAACGACAGCGACAGCUUCUGGUAACGUUGAAUCGCUCACAAAUUCUUGUACCACGGCCCACGAGUUUGCUGAGGAAUGAAAUUUUAUAUACCGUAUUUACCGAAACGGGUGACUGUCCUACGUACUACCAUUUGCUAUCGCUUUAUCCAGACCUAUUGCGAGCACACCAUGCCUCAAUGCGGUAUGUGUUCUUCGACGACGGUCCUCUUGCUUUAGAUGAGCGGUUAAUGCUCGCUAUCAUGGUGGCGAGCAGACACCAGUGCGAGUACCUUGUAUGUCGUUAUGCAGCUCUUCUGAUGCACUAUCCGAAGUCGGCAGAACUCAGCGUUGAGGCGGUCAAAGAAUGCAGUAAUGACUUGAGAGCAGAACUUUUUCGAUCAAAUGAUGCGUUAAACGAAUCUUCUUCUGUUUGUGGGAGUGAGCAAUGGUUAUUGUAUGGCCCGCCACCACGUCUGCGCGUCGUGCAGCGUUUUAUCGCGCUCGCGGCUCACACGCCAUGGUUAUUGAAUGAGGACGACGUUCGUGUGAUUCUGCGAAAUGGGUGGACCGUGCCUGAGGUGUUCCAGUUAACUGCCAUUAUCUCGCACGUGCUUUCAUUGAGCUCUUUUGUACAAGGUCUUUUUGUAUCCACGGAACCAUGGACAUGGUCGAUGUUGCCUUCCGCGAUGCUUUGCGACCUACAAUGCCAUGCCGAAAAAGUUGGUAACUGCAAUUUCACCUCCUCCGAUCUCGCCUCGCCGUUUGUGAACAAGUCGCAAAAAUCCAACAAAAUUCCACCCACCUAUUCAUCCUCCUGUUUUCCUUCCGCCACCUCUGAUGAGGAGCGCAUGUUUGCCCUUCGGUCGUUUCCUGAUGCGGACGCUGGGAUCUUCACCCGCUAUGCCGGUGAGCCCGAGAUCGUCAGCAAGCAGCGCAUUCGGUCGAACUACAGCAAUGACAGCUUCCACACCCUAAGGCGGAGUCAGUUUUCCUGGCAGGAUGUGGGGACAACCUCCAUGGAGCAUUACUACCCCGGGGCGGCGGCCUUAUUGAAUGAGGAGAUCGAAUCCUUCACCGAUGUCGUGCGGCAGCUCACGGAGACGGACUGUGUGGGGCUGAAGAACCCGGGCUUCACCCCGGCCUACGCCUUUCACUCCUUACAGCUCUACGUCAUUAACCUCCUGGGGUUUAUGUUGGAGGACUACCCCUACAACGACAUCAACAAGGUCCUGCAUCGCUCGGCGAAGUGGUACGCGCAGGCCCUGACGAUGCGGCCUGAGGCCCUAACCCUCGAGGAGGUGAUCCUCUGGCGGCUGUCGUCCUCGCAGACGGGGCCGGGAGGGGGAUCGGGGGGGGCGGGGGCGGUGAACGGCCCGGCGCCCUCGCGAACGCGCGAGUUCGCCGGAGUCCACCCCUGCAUCUCCCCCGCGGUCCUGACCUCCCAGCGGGCGAGGCUGGAGGCGGAUCUGCUGGCCGCGCAGGGCGGGCAGUCCACGCCGCCGUUGGAGUUGCCCCCGGCCUGGGUGCGGCAGGACCCCUCCUCGGGCGGGGAAUUAACGGUAGAUAAUGGGCCCCACCGCGGGGACGACACCGCCGGACCGGUGGAUCCACGCCGGCAGGAUGAGGAAAACGAUAAGGCGCUGACGAUCGGCCUUGGCCUGCAGGACGAACGCGUACUGCUCCUGAUGGCGACGGCAACGAUGAUGGCUCGAAAGGAAGCCCUAUUACAUCUCUUGCUCUACCCACUCUGCGCGGUCCUCAGUAAAAUGUAG